CCUAGCAGGGCACCAUGGCCGGGCUGCUGGCGCUGCUGGGCCCAGCGGGCAGGGUGGGCGCCCGGGUCCGGCCCCGCGCCACCUGGCGCUUGGGCACCGCCGCCCCCCGCCGCGCCCCGCCGCCCCUGACCCUGGCCCUGCUUCGGCCCAGGCCAGACGUCCGGCUGCUGCGCACGGCCCGCGGGAACUGCCGCGGCCACCAGGACCCCAGCAGAGUCACUGAGACAAUGGGCGUCGGCGUCAGCAGCACAGACGAGAAAAAGCAAAGCAAGUCGCAGCAGCUGAAAAAGGUCUUUCAAGAAUAUGGUGCCGUUGCCGUGUCACUGCACAUUGGGAUCUCGUUAAUCUCCUUGGGCACGUUUUACAUGGUUGUUUCCAGUGGCGUGGACUUGUCUGCAGUCCUGCUUAAACUUGGAUUUAAAGAGUCGCUGGUACAAUCAAAAGUGGCAGCAGGCACAAGUACCUUCGUGGUGGCCUACGCGAUCCACAAGCUGUUUGCGCCUGUGAGAAUCAGCAUUACCUUAGUCUCUGUGCCCUUGAUUGUCAGAUAUUUUCGAAAAGUGGGAUUCUUUAAACCUCCAGUUGCAAAACCUUGAUGAACUCUUCAGUUGUAGGCCCUAAAACCUGUUCCUUUUAAAUUACACAAUUUUUACCCAUUUUGGCUUUAGGGUUGUAAGGUUUCUUCAGAGGGGUGAGGGGAAGCAGGGAGCUAAUUGCUGUGUUCUCAUAGAUAAAUUUUACCUUUACCAGCAAAAAUCAGGCAUUUGAAUCAUUAUAAAUUUUUCUGCUUCGUAAAUUUUGUUAAUGCUAUUCAUCAUAGGGCUUGUAUACAUAAUCUAAAAUGUCAGCAAGACAUCACAAAUGAGUUAACAUCUCAAAACAAAACAGACUACAGGAUGUUCCCUCUGGAAGAUCUUUGGUGAGGAUCUGUCUGCAAAAGCUCCAGGGGGUUAAUCUUUGCUCAAGUUCUUAAAAAUGAUUAAUUUAGCUGGCCUUUUAAAUUCCUCUUCCUCUGUUAUUUGUCAGCUGCUCACCGUUUAAUAUGCAAUAUUCUGCAAAGCAGCUGCCAGUGCAACAAUGAAGCAAAACCUAACAAUGUAUAAUCACAAUCUGAAUUAGCAUCAUCACUUUGACAUUCAUUACCCUUGUUUCAGGGAAAGAAAAACAAGUAUUUCUGGUGUGUUUCAUCGAUCCCGAAACACUUUCCAGUCUGGACAUGAUGGGGCCUAUCUCAGGUGGUUUUUUGAAAUUUCAUUAAAGUAGGUCAGGGACAUUUGUCUGUGCUUAGGUAAAAUGUGGAAACCUUGCCCACAGCAGUGGCAUCACUUGGCUGCUGAAGCCCAUAUUCACAGAGGAAUUUGCCAUGCAUAGAAAGCCAAGACGAUCUUUGCUUCUCUUAGACGAUCUUUGCUUCUCUUAGACAAUCUUUGCUUAACUCUGUGUCUCAAACUCCAGACAUUCCACAACUGUCACAACGUUUACAUUGUCUCUACUUAUAUUGAGUUAAAAUUAUGUACAUGAAAAGGAAAAUUAGUAGCACUUGUCAUGUGUCCCACCCCCGGUGGGCCCAGCAUCAUGCAGGACUUCCCUCUGGGCCCUGCUCUGAUGCAGGCCUCGCGGCACUCUGGGAAUCUGAGCUAGCCAGUCUGCCCAGCUGGGUGGUUGAGUUGCAUUUAUCGGUAAAUGCAUCUGGCUCCCAGUUCCUUGGUUUAAAGUUACAUUUGUGACAGCUGGAAAACUAAAGUGACUAUUAACUGACCAUACCGGCUUUUACUGACAUCUGGCCAUUGACAGUUCCCUAGUUAAGCCCAGUUACCCACGUCAGUCAUCUCAAAGAAUCUUUGUGGGACAAUUUCUCCACUUGCAAGAUCUUUAACGUAGAAUUGUAUUUUUCCUUUUAAAACAGCCCAUUGCCAAAAGAUGUUACUAUCUUUAUAGGACCUAAUUCCAAGGACUUCCCCAUAGCUGAGAUGCCCCGUACCUGUGGUUAAGUAAUUCCUCGUGUGGACUGGACAGAGCAUUUUUACCUCAUCUUUCAUUUAAAAUGAUUCGUUGGCUUCAGCUCCUUCCUCAGCCACCUUCUGUACCAGUCUCCCACUCAGACCCCCAGUGAUGCCUAUGCAAAAAUGCUGAGAGUGCCUCCUACAGGUAUAAGGGCUUAAAACUUUGUGCUAAGAGUAACGGGAGUGGGCUAAAAGGACAAGCAAUAAAACUAGUAUACCAAACAGCCAUUCUACUAUCUAAGCCCCAAACCCACUCCACUUCUGUGGCCAGUGGUCAAAACAGAAAAGAGCUGGAGGAGAUAAGGAGGCCAAAGGAUCAGGGAACUAAAGCAUUAUGGGAAUUCACCAGCAGGAUGUACAGAUUGCUUGUUUACAUUAUUUUUAUGUAACUAGGCAAAUAAAACUGAUUUUUGAA